AAUUUCAGAAUCCAAAGUUCUGUCGGCUCUUCUCAACUAUGCAAAAGGUGUAUUCAGUGAUAAACAGCAUCAUGUGACGUGUGACGGUGUUUCCCAACAGGUGAUACUGUUGGCAUUUUGGCAGGACACCUCUUUGUGUGGGAAUGCCUCUUUCACUGCAGGACAUUUAGCGUCUAUGACCUCUGUCCUCCAUAUGCUGAUAGCUUCCCUUCAGUCAUGGUGAUUACUGAAAAUGCCUCUGAUGUUUAAUUAUACCUCCUGGAAGAAUGGAAUCAGAUGCGGCUGAAAACUAUUGGCCAGUAGGAUCAAAUUGAGAAUUUCUGAGAAAAUUAUCCUUGAGAUCAGAGUAUCUCCAAAAGCAUCUUCUGCUUUUUCUUCAAAAGACAAGCUCAUGUGAAAAGACCUGGAUUUGAAGAAAUAAGUUCUUUUUUGUAAGGCUCACAGCUGAUGAAAACUUGGCCAGUCUGAGUAACAGGGAAAACAAAUAUUGUUUGGAGGAAUUGAGGGAGUGGAAGACAGGCCUAGACUGGCACCUGGCUUGCAUCAGUGGGUAAUUGAGAGUCUGUUCUACCUCUCUCCCUUGGCAUUGUCUUCACAUACCACUUCAAGGAAUAGUGACUAGGCUCGAAAGUUCCACAGAUAAUCCAAAAAAAUCUGUUCAAGUUGGCAUCUAUCAACAGGUUACUUGAAUUUCAAAGAGAGGAGCAGAAAUGCCACCACCAGUAGGUGCCCCACUACAUCCACCUCCUGAUGGAGGCUGGGGCUGGGUGGUAGUUGCAGCAUCUUUUAUCUCCAUUGGAUUUUCAUACGCAUUCCCCAAAGCUGUCACAGUGUUCUUCAAAGAAAUUCAGCAAAUAUUCAACACUUCCUAUAGUGAAAUAGCCUGGAUAUCAUCCAUUAUGCUGGCUGUUAUGUAUGCAGGAGGUCCCAUAAGCAGUGUUCUGGUGAAUAAGUAUGGUAGCCGACCAGUGGUGAUAGUAGGAGGUUUAUUAUGCUGUUUGGGAAUGGUCACAGCCUCUUUUAGUACCAGCGUAAUAGAGCUUUACCUCACUAUGGGACUCAUUUGUGGUUUAGGUCUAGCCUUCAACCUGCAACCUGCCCUGACAAUCAUUGGCAAAUAUUUCUAUAAGAAACGACCCAUGGCUAAUGGCCUCGCCAUGGCAGGAAGUCCUGUUUUCUUAAGCACACUGGCUCCCUUCAAUCAGUACCUUUUUAAUACUUUUGGCUGGAAAGGAAGCUUCUUGAUUUUGGGAGGUAUAUUGUUGAAUGCCUGUGUGGCUGGGUCCCUCAUGAGACCCGUUGAACCCAAACAAGUUACCAGGAGGUCUAAAAAUAAAAUUGGCAUAAGAGUGGAUGAUGAUUCAGAUGUGACGAAAAGACUUAGGAAGAAACCAACAUGGGAAAGAAUUAAUAAGUAUUUAGAUUUCUCCCUUUUUAAGCAUAGGGGAUUUCUGAUAUACUUAUCUGGAAAUGUCAUUAUGUUUCUGGGGUUUUUUGCCCCCAUUAUAUUCUUGGCUCCCUAUGCUAAAGACAAAGGAAUCGAUGAAUAUUCUGCAGCUUUCUUGCUGUCCAUUAUGGCUUUUGUUGAUAUGUUUGCUAGACCGGCUGGAGGAGUCAUUGCAAAUUCCAGACUUAUCCGACCCCGAAUCCAGUACUUCUUCAGUUUUGCAAUCAUGUUCAAUGGAGUGUGUCAUCUCCUGUGCCCGUUGGCAGAGGACUACACAAGCCUGGUGUUAUAUGCUAUAUUUUUUGGUCUUGGAUUUGGGAGUGUUAGCAGUGUCCUCUUUGAGUCUCUCAUGGACCUGGUUGGACCCCAAAGGUUUUCCAGCGCUGUGGGACUCGUCACCGUGGUGGAGUGUUGCCCGGUUCUUCUUGGUCCUCCUCUCGCUGGUAAAUUGGUGGAUGAAACUGGACAGUAUAAAUACAUGUAUAUAGCCUGCGGAACUAUUGUGUUCCUAUCAAGUGUGUGGCUGCUCAUUGGCAACGCUAUAAACUACAGAUUGCUUGCAAAGGAAAAGAAGCAGGAAGAAGGAAGGAUGAAAUCAUUGAAUAUACCUGAAUCCAAAGAGUCUGAACCCCUGAACAAAUCUAAACCUCAUGACAUUGACAUCAAAAGUACAGAAACAGGGAACAAUCCCUCAGAAAGAGAAACUAAUAUUUAACAAGAAUCACAUCUCUGAUUUCAGUGUUUAUGACUUUCUUAGGAGUUUUUUUUUUUUUUUCAAAAUUUCGGGAAAGUUUUUACUUGAAAUGAGGAGUCAUAAUUAAGGAUGGAGAUCAGACUUUCCUCAAUGGCAAAUUUUUAUAAGUUUGUUUUUUAAACCUUGUUUGGAUAGUUAAAUUCUGAGAUUAUGCCUAUAAAAAAUCCAUGCAAUGGGUUUAUUUCCAUUCAUGACUCGGGCUGUCAUGGUUAAAAUAAUUUUAAAGUCUUCCAGUGACUUCCAGUCUUGGUUAUAGAGAUCUGAAUCCCAAACCCCUGGUUCAAGUAGUUAGAAGGAGUCUGUUUAAUCCAAUAAGAAUACCCUGUCCAAAUUUUAUUUUUAGUGUUAAAUGAAAUUGAAAGAAAAUGAAUUUUCUUCUACUUGCACACACACACAUCCACACUCACUUAUAUGUACACAUGUGCACAAAGUAUCCAGCAAACAAAAGACAAAUAAGUUCAAAAAGAAUAUUAUCACUUUUUUAACUUAAAAAAUAAAUACAUGGAGAAUGAAGACAUGUGUUAUAUCAGCAUAAUACUUUAUAAUAUAAAUUUUGAAGAUAAGAACAUGGGUGAAAAUGAGGAUGAUCUUAAUUUGAAAAUGCAACUAACUGAGUAAAAAAAGUAUUUGCAUAUAUAAAAUAAAUUUGAAAAAAAAAAACCCUCUCCAUUUUAAACCAUUAUUUCUUCAUACUGUUAGAUUUGAUUAAUUCACGCACAUGACUUCUUUGAGGAUGAACAUUAGUACCUGGUGCUAGAGAAUAGAACCCUCCAAUAAUUCUUACUUAAUAUGUAAAUCAAAUUAAAAGCCUAAGUGACUCCUCACAAUGAGCUGCCUUCAUUGAUUUUAAAAGGAUUUUAGUUACUAAUCCAGAAAGUAAUAACCAGGGAUUUCUUUUAAUCAGAACUCAAUCCAGACUCAACUGUCAUACCGAGACUUCAAAAUGGAAUCUACCAGAAUCCUGGUUGACAGGCUGACAAAUAGGCCAAAUUCUAAUUUUUCCCAACAUGUUGCAGCAAUCAGAGUGUUACUGUUAUGAAUGAUCCAUCUGAGUAAAGCUGAUUAAGAGUGAGAGGUGCUUAUACUGAGCCCUCUAAAUUCUCUCAUUUCUCUUCCCUCCCUAAAAUGCAAAAGCAAAACACAGAAAUCCAAGCAGGCCUUUUGCUCAGCCACUGAAAUUCCUCAUGUUGCAGGAAUGGCAACACUUCAAAAUCCCACCCCCUCCUGAUGAGACUUUCUGCUACCUGGAACCAUAACUGGGAGACCGUUAGAAAAGGUUUCUAGAACUGGAAGCUGCAUGUAACUUGGAACAUACACUCGUGAGGGGUAGGCAUAGUUCACCACACUAUAGCAAGAAGCCCGCAACAUUGCCGGCCACUUUCUUUUAGCAGUUUCUCAUUUUCAUAAUGAUGCUAAAACAUCUGAGAACCUGAAUCACCCUUGGAUAUAGAGGCAUAAGAUUUACUGUGUACUCAGGACUAAAAAUACCAUUUAGAGUAAUACAGUACUUUUAUACAAGAAAGGAUUUGUGCCUUAUGGCUAAAGUUAUAAGUAUUUACAUCAGUAAAUAUGAGUUUAAAUUAAGAGUAUGAUCAAUGAAAAACCUUUAAUGCUUGAUUAUUGAAGUGAUGUUACUCUUAAGAUGUCAAAAGGAAUCUGCUGUUUAUUUAUUUAUUUUUUUUUUUAUUGCAGUGGAGGCAGGUGCUAUCUUAUUUUCUAUGAGAUUGUACCUGGACUCCAAGCUUUUGAGAUAGUUGACAUUAAGGAUCUGAUUUGUAAAAUCUAUGCACUGGUUAAGCACGUAGCUCCUAUUUAGGAAGCUACAUAAAAUCCCAUAUUUCAUUUAGCAUUCACUUCUUUCGCAGAUGAAGACGAAUUUGUGUUUUUUUAAAAAAAAUAUUAAAUAAAACCACUUGUGCCAAUACCAUAGGUAAAUAAAUCAGGCUAAAUGUGGCAGUGUAUGGCUGUUUUUAAUUUAGUUUUGCCCAAUCUUGAGUCUUGAAUGAGCUACUCUCAUAUUAUUAGUGCUUUUGUAUUCAACUCUGACUCAUCAUAAGAAACGCAACACCAUAAAUUGUGUAGUAGCUCUCCAAUCUUAAACAUUUCCAAAAUAUGUAUUCAGUUCUCUGAGGACACAUAUUUAAAUUAAUAUACAUAUCAGAUCCCAGGGGGAAAUAAACAGCAAAGUAAUGAUAGUGGGGUAUUGGGCCCAAGGCUUCAGUCCUUUUUGUCACUUGCUGGUAGAGACAACCUGGCAGGUGCAUUCCAGUAACUUCCUCCACGGAAGGAGAUUUAUUUACUUAUUGAUGAGGUUUUUGUGAGGUCAAAACCAGUUCAUAUACGUUUUGUUGGUCUUUGGUCAUCUUCAUUAACUUUUCGUUUCUAACACUGUAUAUUAAAUUGUUAAAAAAAAAGAAAGGGAAGUAAAAUUGCACAUUUCAAAGCACAUCAUAUGUAUACAGCCAUGCCUAGCAGCAGCACCACACAAAGUGUCAAAUUUGCGCACAUAUUAAUUCCCAUAGGAAAUUUUGGAAACGAGAACAUUCAUAUAGUCUAGAGAAAGUAGUAUAGUUGGCCUCUGUGUCUGCAGUGAUCGGUGUAGAACUAAUUUCUACCCCUAGGGAAUGACAGGUUUUAGCUGUUCAAGAGGUCAUGAAGCAAAAUCAUAGUACACCAUUAAAAUUUCUUUUAUUCCCAUUUCCCCACUGGGGAAUUGCAAAGAAGGGAGGUUAUCAACCUGGGUACUAAAAGAAUUCAUGAUCCCUGGAGACUUUAAGUAUUUUUCUACUUAUGGUAACUAGUAGUCCAUGUUUUUCACAAUUUAACCUUAAAUAUGCCUUCACUAAUUUAUGAAUAGAAUAUUGGGUAUAGACUUGUCCUGACCUGUCCCUACCCUCUUUCCUGAUCCUUUUUUUGAUUCCAAUCAACACAUGUCUAAGAGGCACUGGGUCAGGCUCUAGUGUGCUUCACAUUGGAAGACAUUGGAAGACAUGUUUUCUCAAUGUAAAUUCACAUGAGUUUCACUUCUUUAGUAUCAGGUUCCAACUAUCUUAUCUCAUGCCCCACCCAUGGACACUAGAAAAUAAGUAAAAUAAGUUUGAGAUAUUUGAAUGUACACUAUAAAAAUCUUUUUUUUUUUUUUUUUUUUUUUUACUCCUUUUUCUUCUGGCUGCACAAGACAAUUGAGGAUAACUGAAAAAAAAAAAAACCCGCAAGAUGUAUGUAAAUGUAAGUUUUUAUGUUGAUAAUGUAAAAUGUAGAGAUAUCCUUAAUCAGUAUUGAAAAUUAUUUUCCAUCCCAAAGUACCUUUUUAAAAAUCCUCUUGUAUGUGUUGCACUUUUAAUAAAAUUAAAAAGCAUGA